GAGUGAAAGAAGGUUCUGUCACACCGAACAAAGAAUGACCUGAGAUCAAGACAGGAUAUUGGGAGGUCUUCUGUACUUCAGAGGGGGUGGAAAUGCGCCAGUGAUGCUGCUUGCCCUUCACCCAAUGGAACUCCUUCCCAACCAAUCAGAUAUAUUUCGGAAUUGUAUGCUCACCUAGUGAUCUUUGAAAGGACAGCAAGGUUGAGUUAAUUCUCAGUGAUUUAGUUCCCUUCUACCAUUUUCUUGCCAUUAUGUCAUCCCACCAGGGAGGAAGUGUCCGCAGUAUCCGUACCUUUAAGUCCAGUGAACAGUACCUGUAUGCCAUGAAAGAGGACUUGGCCGAAUGGUUAACGGACCUGUACAACCUGGAUAUUAAUGUAGAUAACUUUGUAGAAGUCCUGGAGACUGGAUCAAUACUCUGUCAACAUGCCAACUAUGUUACGCAGGUGGCACAUGAAUUUACUGUGGAAUACCCCACUCUAGCAGAGAAAAUACAGCUGCCAAAAUAUGGAGUAAAACUUAAUGCUGCAGCCCAACCUGGAACAUUCCUGGCCAGAGACAAUGUUUCCAAUUUUAUUCGGUGGUGCCGCAUGCAGAUGGACAUAAAAGAUGUCCUGAUGUUUGAGACAGAAGAUCUAGUGUUGCGAAAAAAUGAGAAGAACUUCAUUCUAUGCCUGUUGGAAUUGGCUCGCCGAGCUUCUCGUUUUGGCAUGAGUGCUCCCAUGUUAAUACAAAUGGAAGAGCAAAUAGAGGAAGAGAUUCGCGAAGAAAUGGACUUGCCUCCAGUGGAGGUCCCAAUACCUAAACCUCAAAGGCAACCAUGUGACUUUAAAAAUCUAGACCAAAUGGUGCAGCACUUGGUGAGUCGGUGCACAUGUCCUGUGCAAUUUUCUAUGAUCAAAGUGUCUGAAGGAAAAUACAAGGUCGGAGAAUCAAAUACCCUCAUUUUUGUUAGGAUUCUUCGUAAUCAUGUGAUGGUUCGUGUAGGAGGAGGCUGGGAUACUCUAGAACAUUAUCUGGACAAGCACGAUCCCUGUCGUUGCACAUCUCUUUCCCACAAACAAGCUUUGAAAAUGGGGGGUUCACAAAGACAAAGCAACCCUAUCCAUGAGAUCAAAACCCAUCUAUCACCAAGACAAGAUAAUCCAAACAAAUCGCAGACAACUUUGAUUGUCAGAAGAUCCCAAAGUCCAUUGCCACCAGUUGAUUGGAGGACCUAUACAUCUGGAACCAGGCUUUCAUCCUUAAGCUCCCCAGAAACACGAGAUAAAACAGCAGGACUGAGAAAUCUGAGUGGGCAGUCUGAUCAAAGGAAGAGUAUCUCAACCAGGGUACAAGAACACGCAUCUACGGUUUCCAGGAGACAAGUAUUUACAGAGAAUGGUCAACCUACAACUCCACAUAUCUCUCCACGUUAUGGACAAGACAGGAAUCGCCUAUCUACAUCUUCUUUGGGAUCUCAGCAAACUGGAAGUGAAGAUGAAGUAUUUGGUACUUCAGAAAUUACUUCUGUCACUCAGCAGAGUAGACAAGCAGGAAAGACUCAGUCUCGAAGUCUGAAGGAACCACUCAUGAAGGAGCAUCACAUAAAUCAUUCACAUUUAUCACAUAGUAAAAUUCGGUCUGCAACAGAAACGGACAACAUCCUGCAGAUGUCAAAGACUGCUUCCCAACCCACUAAUGCUCAGGAAACAAGACCUAAAACUCCCUCUCGCUUCAUACGACCUCCUACCCCGUCCAAGCAAAUCACUCAAAACAAAGGGAUAGACCAUAAACUUUCAAUACAUUCUGAUAAUACUGCACGGCCUCUUUCUCCAACUAAACAAGUGAACUAUUCAACAAAACAAGAAUUAAAUUCAAGGAGUGGCAUUCCAUCCAUUCCGGCUCCCAACAGGCCUCCUACACCGAGCAGAAAUUACCAAACUGAAUUACAAAACAGAGUCAGAAGCAAGUCUGUGGGAAAUGAACUCAUAAAACCUCACGAGAGACUUAGUGCAACAAGGAGUAUAUCUACAAACGAUGCACAACACAAAAAUGUACGAAGUGGUCGUUCAACUCAAAUGACACAAAUAAAUGAAAGGGACUCUAGCCAUACUCCAGGGAUGCAAUUGGAUAGCGAUACAAAAACCCCAGGUAACUCAGGUAGUGUGGAAAGAGAUAGCAUGUAUACACCAUUACCAAUGGAUCCAGAGCAAGAGAAAGCAUUGUAUCAGAGCUUGGAAGAUGAGAUUUUAUCAAACAUCAAAGUUUUAGAAGGUGAUUCAGAUGAAAACAACAACUUAGAAAGCAGGCAAAGAGUUGUUACGCCUGAAUGUAGUGUAUCUAGUGAUACAGCGGUUCAUGAUUUUAACAUGAAAGGGAAACCUGCAUCCUCUGUGCCUUCGAUUACAAAUUCGCUUCACACACCAAAUGGAGAAACGCAAGUUCCCAGAAGUGGGGUAUAUAUAAACACAAAAUGGCAAUCAGGUGCAAGCUUUGAUGAUGUGAUCUCAGAACUUGCCUCAGGGCGCCUAAAGCUUAAUAAAGUUGAUGUAGAAGAUUGGAUUUCCAAGAUACCACCAAAAGGAACAAUCUGUGAUUUUACAGAAAAAGAUUUCCCUUCUUUGCAAGUGAAACUUGAGAAAAAGCAAUCAAUAUCACAAAGAGGUCUUGUUAAAAAGAAAUCUUUUGCUGAGUCAAAGAGAAUCAAACCAAAGCAACUACCUUCUCAAAGAGCUCGGCAAAUGGCAAUGGAAGCAAAGAAGAAAACAUUAGAAACUGUGUCAACUAACACGACAUCAUCUGAUAACCAGGCUUCAUCAGUUGUAUGUCCUCAUGAUGGACCUGGCACUGAAGUGAAGACAUCACAAGUAGGAAAGCCAAAAAGAUCCCUGAAGAAGCCAGAAAGAGUCCCAUCUAUUUAUAAACUCAAGUUGCGCCCAAAAAUCCGACCUCGACGGGAUAACAGACCUGAAAAAAAGCCAUCCAGAAUUCCUACUCCUAUUACAUAUAGACAACUGCACAGCAGAACAAAAUCAAAAGAACCAGGAAGCCCACAAAACAAAAACACAGCAGUAGCCAGGACUCAGAAUGUCUCACAGGCCACAACAGUCAGUGCAGAAGAUCCAGAUUCUGAUGAAGGAGCUUGGUCUUCAGAACUUUCUGCUUCCACAAAGGUUACAAAUUCAAAUAAUAAUCAAAGUAAUGAUGUACAGAAUCCAGAUAAAACAGAGGAGGAUGAAGAAUCAUGGGUCUAGGAAAUAUUGGUAUACUUUAUGUAGUAUAUAACAUCAUCUAAUUUAAUCCAUUGUGAUCUUUGGCAGAAGCCUUUGCCAUACUAUUCUUCAGCGCUUUAAGGUUUGUAAAUAUAAUCAAUAUAGAUGUCCAAAUGGGCUAUAGGAAUGUUUUC